AAGAGAGCACAAGCUGAAGCUGAGGGGAAGAGCUUGGAGUAAGGAAACCCAUUGUUGUUAAAUAGGGGCUUAAUCAUGUCACUUACCUGAUUGAGCAGAACAAGGCUCAGUUGAUGGUUAUCGCACUUGAUGUUGAUUCAAUUGAACUUGUUUUUGGCUGCCUGCGUUGUGCCACUAAAUGGAGGUUCCUUACGCAAUUGUGAAGUGCAAGUCACGACUUGGAAUGCUGGUCCACAAGAAAACUGCUUCAGUUUUGUGCGUUACAUCAGUGAAGAACGAAGAUAAACUGGAAUUUAGUAAGAUCCUGGAGGGGAUAAAGGCCAACUUCAAUGAUAAAUAUGAAGAGAACUGUAAGAAAUGGGGAGGUGGCUUAAUGAGCCCCAAAUCUGAGGCCAAGACCAAAGCAAGGGAAAUACUUUUAGCCAAGGAGGCAGCACAAAGAAUGUCAUAACUCAUAAGCUUCAAGCACCGAACCCUGGGGACGACCACUGCAUCACUUUGAAGUUGGAAGAUGUUUUUGCUUAAAUAUUAUUGACAAAUUUUAUAUUAAUUGACCUUGAUGUUGCAAUCCUGUAGUCAAUUUAUCCUCUUAGAUAUAUGAUUGGAGAGUCGGUGUUGAGAUUGUUGUCUUGUAGUAAACUGGCAGUCAACCC